UCAACAAUCUUGAGGACACAAAGUAGCACAAGCCUUGAGCAUGUAUCCCUUCAGAUCCUACGGGAAAGUUGAUGAGCACGAGCAAAUGGUGUUGGAGGCAAGGAGAAAAACCCGAAAGAGAAUCACAAUCAUAAGCUUGUCCUCAAUAGUGCUAGCAGGUGUUGUGUUUGCUGCAGUAUUUGGCAUUGUUAGCACCACUCGUGACACCUCACAAGGUGUCAGUGAUGCUCAAUCUGUGAGCAAUUCGGUGAAGGCUGUUUGUGAUGUGACAUUGUACAAGGACUCGUGCUAUAGCAGCCUUGGUUCUGUUGUGGACUCGGGGCAGGUUCGGCCUGAGGAGCUGUUCAUGUUGUCAAUGAAGGUGGCAUUAUCUGAAGUGUCCAAAGCUGUUGAUUAUUUCAGUGAUCAUGAUCAUGGUGUUUUCAAAGGGUUGAAGGGUGGCAGGAAUAAGGAGGCUUUGAAAAAUUGUAGGGAGCUUUUGGGUCUUGCACUUGAUCAUCUGAAUAGCUCUUUGACAUCCGGGGAAAACUCUUCACUUCUUGAUGUUUUUGAGGAUCUUCAAACGUGGAUAAGUGCUGCAGGUACAUAUCAGCACACUUGCAUUGAAGGCUUCGAAAAUGAAAAAGUAGCACUUAAGUCAAGAGUAGUAAGCUAUCUUAAAAACUCUACACAGUUCACAAGCAACAGUCUAGCCAUCAUCACCUGGAUCAACAAGGCUGCAACCACACUGAACUUGCGGCGAUUAUUGAAUUUACCUCAUCAGAAUGAAGCACCAGAAUGGCUUCAUCCAAAAGAUAGGAAGCUGCUUCUAAUAGAGGAUUUGAAGAAAAAAGCUAACAUUGUUGUGGCCAAAGAUGGCAGUGGGAAAUAUAAGAAGAUUUCUGAUGCACUUAGACAUGUCCCUGAUAAGAGUGACAAGAGAACUGUGAUCUAUGUGAAGAGAGGGGUUUACUAUGAAAAUGUGAGGGUAGAGAAGACCAAAUGGAAUGUGAUGAUUAUUGGUGAUGGUAUGACUUCUACUAUUGUGUCUGGAAGGCGUAACUUUGUGGAUGGCACACCAACAUUUUCAACAGCAACAUUUGCUGUAUUUGGAAGGAAUUUCAUAGCUAGAGAUAUGGGUUUUCGCAACACAGCUGGUCCACAGAAGCAUCAAGCAGUGGCACUAAUGACAAGUGCUGAUCAAGCAGUUUACUAUAGGUGUCACAUUGAUGCAUAUCAGGACACUCUCUAUUCUCAUUCCAACCGCCAAUUCUACAGAGAAUGCAACAUUUAUGGCACAGUUGAUUUCAUUUUUGGAAAUUCUGCAGUUGUGAUCCAAAACUGUAAUAUUAGGCCAAAGUUACCUAUGCAUGGCCAGCAGAACACAAUCACAGCUCAGGGAAAAUUUGACCCUAACAUGAAAACUGGCAUCUCCAUUCAAUAUUGCAACAUUUCACCCUUUGGAAACUUGAGUUCUGUCCAGACUUAUCUUGGAAGACCCUGGAAGAAUUACUCAACCACAGUGUACAUGAGAUCCAGAAUGGAAGGUUUUGUGAACUCCAAUGGCUGGUUACCAUGGACAGGGAACUCAGCACCAGACACCAUUUUCUAUGCAGAAUUUCAGAAUGUUGGACCAGGUGCUUCAACAAAGAAUAGGGUCAAGUGGAAGGGUUUGAGAAACAUUACCAGUAAACAAGCCACAAAAUUUACUAUCAAGGCUUUUCUACAAGGAGACAGAUGGAUUUCUGCAUCAGGUGCCCCAUUUAAGUCUGAUCUGUGA